GGCUGAGCUGGGCGUGCUUGAGUCGUCGUUUCUGAUGCGAAGAGCCUUCAAAUAGUUGAAUAGCCCGCGCAAAGAGUUUCCCUUUCAGUUCUCUGAAUUGUAGUUCACUUUCUGAGGUAAAUGCUUCUUAGAUUUUCAUGACAUUUUGCUGCUCUGAUCCACGAAGGGCUUCAAUGGCAUCACCUGCGUUGAACGAAAAUGUCUUCUCAAAGGAGGGGAAUUCCCUAGUUCGUACGGAGGAUAUCCCACAGCCUGCUGCAAAAGACAGCGACAAGUCUCCUCCCCGGCGCCCGGUGUAUUUUACAGUUCAUCUAAUCAUUUGCCUCGUAUGGCUCGGCCCAGCAAUCGCUCUUUUAGUCCUGAACUUCCAGAACCGUGUCGUUGGCGCUAGUAUCGGCUGUGUCAGCUGCCGCGUGAACCCAUUCUCCAGCACCGUAUACCAAGAACAGGCGAACUUCAAUAAGAAAGACCAUACAGCUCUCAGCGGUCUGCAGUUCGCUGCCAAGGCCCUGGAAAUCUGGUUUGCGCUCGUGGCAGCUGGUUUUAUAUACGAUGUACUUGUGAUCAUCUCGGUACAUCGCGGCCAUCUCCCCAUCGGCAUGUUCGCGAAAUAUCUGCAAUUCGGGGAACUCGUUAGCAUUUUUCAGUUCCCAUCUGGCUGCAAGAACCUCUUGCAUUGGGGAUUUAUUUUCUUUGUGGUGUGCAUGUGCCUUUUAAUGAACGUCAUCGGACCAGCUAUCGCCAUCUUGAUGAUACCGACUCUGCAAUGGAUCGACGUUGACUUCAUGAGUACGGCAGUGUUCGAUAAGUUGGCAUCUAGCAGUCCUCCAAGCAAUGUGGCUAUCUCUCCGGGAUGUACCGCAUCUUUACUGGGAGUUGGAAAUUUCUCUUGCACGGCGGAGCCAUGCGCCCACACUCUGGAUGAAGUAUUCUCUUCCGUGGCGGCGUCACUAGGUCAGGUAAAUGUUACCCCAAUCGUAUUCGAUCCAGUCAUUGUUCAGAUAGAUCACGUGUCCGUCAUUGUCAACACGACGGACCCAGCCGUGGAUUGGAUCUUGAGCCGGCAGGUCGCCGGGGAGCUUUCCGAUGAUUAUCUCCGCUAUUCCACUGCACUUCAACAAGAUCCCCCGCCUCCCAGGUACUCAACUUUGGAGAAAUCUCUCAACACACUCCUCUCGCGAGAAGGUCCGGUUUUAGGUCUUGGUGGUGGUUGCUAUAAGGGUAGUCUUGCUGUUGCUGAGCUAGCAGACGAUAGGAGCAUUCGCUGCUAUGGUGGAUGGAAUCUGUUCUCCCAGGGUAAUUCCGAGUAUGUCAAGUGCAUUCGCGUAGGAAAUGGAUGGGCUGGGACAAAUUUCCAAUCGAAUUUAUAUCUCAGCAAUGCCAAUUCGACAGGCAAUGAUGUGGCUAUAAUCGCUCAUUUCACGGAUCACGCUCAUACCCCACUCACCACCGACGACCCGCAUUGCUUCGAUGGUGAUGGUAACCCCCAGUCGGAUCCAGAAUGUAACUGGGACGCCAUAUUCGCACAGUCACCUCCAUCGGAUCUAUGGAAUACCUCCACGAACUUCAUACUCGUGGAAUAUCACAUUCCGGGCCUCUCAACGCCAAACAACACAGUCUGGUGCGACGACAUCUCAUACCUAAACUUCCAAGGCUACUCCCUCGACCCAUCGCCCUACUCAAACUUCAUCCAUCUAACCCUCCUCUCAGAUUUCGCACCCGUCCUUCCAGGAACAGUUCCCCUCGUUGUACACCCGGACUGGAUUCUCGCCGCCUGGUCAGCCGACCGAAACGGCACUGUCGACUCCACUCGUGCAUCAUCCUCACUAAUGUCUGCUAGACUAGAGAAUGCCCUGACGAACACGAAUGCGAGUCGAGACUUAGAUCUACUCAAUUUCCUCGACGGCAUCGUCAUGGAUCAAGCCCUCUCACUAAUCGACUACUCCACCACGUCCACAUCACCAUCACCAACAACAACAGCGAAAACACGACCCAGCACCGACCACCCACAGCUCAAGACCUCGGCUCAGAUCCAAGUCUGGAUCUUCGGCUUGCACUCCGAGACCUCGAAACUCGGAGCGGCGGUCGUCGGCAUCUGCUGUGUGGUUGCCGGGUUGCGCGUCGUCGCGGCGCUGAAGAGAGCCACGUUGGGCCAUUACGCUGCGCCGAAGACGCUGAUGGAGCUCCUUCUUGACGCGCUGCAGCACGAUCCCUUGGUAGCGGCUCAGGAGGUCCAUCCGAGGCGCGUGUCGGUGGGGGUCAAGGAUCAAUGGGGAAAUUUGUCCUUUGUUAAUACGGAAGGAAUGGUUUAAUUAACGGGGGAAGGGGGGGGGGGGUG